AUGGCAGCCAACGGGAACGGACGUGUGAAUUUGGCGAACCGAGGUGCUGGUCGGAACGGACUAGCGAAGAUCCAGACGCAGACGAGGCAGAACGGAAUAUGCCACGACGACAGUGCACCUCCGGUGAAAGCUCAGACGAUCGAUGAGCUUCAUUCUCUUCAGAAGAAGAAGUCGGCGCCUACCACUCCCAUUAACGGGACUCAAGGUGCUUUUGCUGCGAUUUCCGAUGAAGAACGCCAGAAACAGCAGCUCCAGUCCAUUAG